AUGCCUUCGCCUCUCAGCAUCCAAACACUCACCCUGGGCCUGCUUGCCACGGGGGGGCUUGUUGCUGCCGGUCCUUGCGACAUCUAUUCUUCCGGCGGUACGCCAUGUGUAGCUGCACAUAGCACCACUCGUGGCCUCUAUAGUGCCUACUCAGGCCCGCUCUACCAAGUGAAGCGUGGCUCUGACGGUGGCACUUUGGAUAUAUCGCCGCUUUCUGCUGGCGGUGUUGCCAACGCUGCUGCCCAAGACUCUUUCUGCAGCGGGACAACUUGCCUCAUCACUGUCAUCUAUGACCAGUCUGGCCACAACAGUCACCUUACCCAAGCUCCACCAGGUGGUGCUGCCAGCGGCGGGGAUGUUGGUGGCUACGAUUUCCCAGUCACUGCUAUUGGUGCACCAAUCACCUUGAAUGGUCAGAAGGCAUACGGCGUGUUCAUCUCGCCCGGCACUGGCUAUCGAAACAACGAGGCCAACGGGACAGCCGUAGGUGAUGAGGCCGAGGGCAUGUAUGCCGUUUUCGAUGGCACCCACUACAACGGGGGAUGCUGCUUUGAUUAUGGCAAUGCUGAGACUAACAACCUGGAUACUGGUGAUGGCCACAUGGAAGCUAUUUACUUUGGUCUGGGUACCGGCUACGGCGUGGGCAGUGGCAAUGGUCCAUGGGUUCUCGCUGAUCUCGAAAACGGGCUAUACACAGACUCAAAAGUCAGUGUCAACCCUAGUAACCCGAGCAUCACCUCUCGCUUUGUCACGGCAGUUGUCAAGGGAAACACAAACAACCAAUGGGCGGUCCGCGGCGGUGACUCUGUGUCAGGCUCACUAUCAACCUACUAUAGCGGAAUCCGCCCAACAAAUGGAGAUUAUAACCCGAUGCAGAAGGAAGGUGCCAUUAUUCUAGGUAUUGGCGGUGAUAACAGCAACUGGGCUCAGGGCACCUUCUACGAAGGAGUAAUGACAACAGGAUAUCCGUCCGACGACACCGAGAACCAAGUGCAGGCUGACAUCGUGGCCGCCAAAUAUGGCGUUGGAGCCAUGAACAGUGGUCCUGGAUUUACCGUUGGAUCUACCAUUACCCUUCGAGCUACUACAUCCUGCUGCACGACACGUUACCUUGCACACAGCGGCGACGCGGUUAACACCCAAGUCGUUUCAUCAUCAAGCAGCACGACGCUUCAACAGCAGGCCAGCUGGGUGGUGCGCACAGGUCUUGGGAACAGCGCCUGUUACUCCUUUGAAUCUGUAGAUACACCCGGCAGUUUUAUUCGCCAUUCCAACUUCCAACUCUACGUUAACAGCAACGAUGGCUCAAAGCUAUUCGGUGAGGACGCUACGUUCUGCAUGCAGGCUGGUUUGAAUGGCCAGGGCAGCUCAAUUCGAUCAUGGAACUAUCCCGCCCAUUACAUCCGACAUUUCAAUGCUUUGGGCUACGCUGCAAGCAACGGUGGACCCAAGGAAUUUGAGUCUGCUACUUCGUUCAACGACGACGUAAGCUGGGUGGCUGGCUCUGGCUUUUAG